CAGGGGCAUGGCAUCGAAGCUGGGGGUUGAAGGACAACAGGAGUGAGUGGGUGAGAGAAGACUUUGCUCCACAGAGUGUCUGCUGAGGCCUCCUAUGGGCCAGCUGGCCUCUGCUGCGACUUGGGACACGAGGGAACAAGGCCUGGAGCUCUGGUUCUGGUUGGGGAGACAGACAAGCAUCAGACAAGCAUCAGACAACCAAAGCCUGAUGGAGGGUGAAGAGCAGGUCCUGGGGUCAGACUUAGCGAUGUCAGCCCUCACUCACACCAGCCAUGGGUGCGUGGGCAAGUGACUUUCCUCCUACAAGCUUCCAUUCCCUGGGCUGGGAGACAGGGAUAGUAACAGCAUCGUGUAGGGCCUAAGGGCAGGGAUCUAGAUCCUGAGGGCCUGGGUUCAAGUCCUGGCUUUGCUACUUCCUCGGCAAGUUGUAAGACCCUUGGGCAAGUUGCUACUCGUUAAGCCAAGGAUUCUUUCUCUGUCGGAUGGAGUUGGGAGUAACACCCAUGUUCUGGUUAUCCUUUGCAGCAUGACAGAGUCCUUCGAAACUUGGUGGCUUAAGACAGCGAUCAUUUGUUUUGCUCAUAAAUGUGAACUCGGGCAGGGCUGCUGAGGAAAGCCCGUCUCUCCUCCAUGUAGCAUCAGGUGGGUGGCCCAGUGGGACCAGAGGUGUCAUUCAGAUGGCUGCCAAGCGGGGCUGCCCGUCGGCCGGGGCCUCCUCCCAGCAUGGUGGCCAGUUCCAAGAUACAGGAAGUGGGAUGUGCCAAUCAUGCAGGACCCAGACCCAGAAUUGGCACAAGGCCACUUCCACUGUACUCUCGGUCAAGCAGUCACAGAGCCUACCCAGAUUCAAGGGGACGGAGACCUCAUCCUUCAAGGUCUGGCUCCCUUCCCCGCCCAGGAAGCUACCAGUCCUGUCAGACUUGUCCGACCCAGGAGGGACGGGUGCAGGCCCCGGGUCUCGCUCCAGCGUCCUCUCGGGCACGGCCAGCACCAUGCACACCUGGAGGGCCCUGCCGCUCUUCCUGCUGCUGGCCUCCAGAGCAGGGGUCCUCACCCUCAGAGUCUCUUCCGGAGUUCAGCAAACCAACGUCUCCUCUGCCGCCUCUGACUCGGAAAGCUCUUCCCAGGGCCAGAGUUUGAAAGUGCCCGUCACCAAAGCCCCUAGCUGGAAAUUCCCACAACAGUCUCCAGGUUCAAAAGCAUCUGCUGGAAUCCCCGAUUCCCAGUGGUCUCCGGAGGCCCUGAGUUCAAACCAUGCGUCUGGGUCCUUCUGGUCAGAUGUUUCCGCUGAGGACCCGGAUCUAAAACUCCCAACCCCAACCCAGGAUCCCACGGCCUCUGAAAUCCCUGGACCCGCAGCAUCUCCUGCCACCUUGGGGUCUCAAGUUCCUGCCGCAGGUCCCAAGCCUCCCCUCUCCGUUAAGACUCCAGCUUCCAAUGCUUCUGUGCCAGUCCCGGACGCCAAGCUAUCUACUGAGGCUGCAGAUUCAAAAUUCUCUCCCCAGGAGCUGGAUCUUAAAUUCUCAGCCCACAAGCAAGUAUCUGCUGAGGCCCAGCCAGCAGCAGGCUUCCCCCAGCAGGUGGGGGGGCCUCUCACCGUGCUGGUGGGGACCACCAUCCGGCUCCCCCUGGUGCCAGCCCCCAGCCCCGGACCCCCAGCCCCUCUGGUGGUCUGGCGCCGGGGCUCCACCGUGCUGGCAACUGGGGGCCUGGGGCCAGGGGGGCCACGGCUCAGCCUAGACCCUGCUCACCGGGACCGCCUGAGGUUUGACCAGGCAGGAGGGGGCCUGGAACUCACCUCUGCCCAGCUGGCCGAUGCCGGGUGUCUACACAGCGAGGUCAUCCGGGCCGGGGGCUCCCGACAGACUCGGGAGUUCACGGUGGGUGUGUACGAGCCCCUGCCCCAACUGUCGGUGCAGCCCCAGGCCCCGGAGACAGAGGAGGGGGCGGCCGAGCUCCGGCUGCGCUGCGUGGGCUGGGGGCCAGGACGCGGGGAGCUGAGCUGGAGCCGGGACGGGCGGGUCCUGGAGGCGGCGGACCCCGAGGGAGCCGAGCCGCCCCGGGUCCGCGCGGAGGGCGACCAGCUGCUGAUCGCGCGGCCGCGGCGCGGCGACCACGCCCGGUACACCUGCCGCGUGCGCAGCCCCUUCGGCCACACGGAGGCCGCGGCCGACGUCAGCGUCUUUCUUGUGCACGGCCCGGACCCGCCGCUCAUCACGGUCGCCUCGGACCGCGACGCCGCCCCCGCGCUCUACGUCUCCGCGGGCAGCGACGUGACCCUGCGCUGCAGCGCCGCCUCGCGGCCGCCCGCCGACUUCGCGUGGAGCCUGGCGGACCCGGCCGAGGCCGCGGUGCCCGCGGGGCCGCGCCUCCUGCUGCCCGCGGUCGGCCCGGGCCACGCCGGCGCCUACGCCUGCCUGGCCGCCAACCCGCGCACCGGCCGCCGCCGCCGCUCGCUGCUCAACCUCACCGUGGCGGAUCAGCCCCCCGGCUCCCCACAGUGCACAGUCGAAGGGGGUCCCGGGGACCGCAGCCUCCGCUUCCGCUGCUCGUGGCCCGGCGGGGUCCCCGCCGCCUCCCUGCUUUUCCAGGGCCUUCCCGAGGGCGUCCGCGCCGGGCCGGCGCCCUCCGAGCUCCUGGCUGCGGUCCCCGCCCACCCCCGGCUCAGCGGCGUCCCCGUCACGUGCCUCGCUCGCCAUCUGGUCACCACGCGCACCUGCACCGUCACCCCGGAGGCCCCCCGAGAGGUGUUGCUGCACCCGAGGGUGGAGGAGACACUGCCCGGGGUGGCAGAGGUCGUGCUGGAGGCCUCUGGCUGUCCCCCACCCUCGCGAGCAUCCUGGGCCCGGGAAAGACGGCCCCUGGCUCCAGGUGGCGGGGGUCGCCUGCGACUCAGCCAGGACGGGCGGAGGCUCCUUAUUGGCAACUUCAGUCUGGAUAGGGACCUGGGGAACUACUCCGUGCUGUGCAGUGGGGCACUGGGUGCUGGGGGCAACCAGAUCACCCUCAUUGGACCCUCCAUCUCCUCUUGGAGGCUGCAGAGAGCCCGAGAUGUGGCUGUGCUGACUUGGGAUGUGGAACGCGGGGCCCUGAUCAGUGGCUUCGAGGUCCAGGCCCGGCCCGAGAGAUCUGACCUGGGCAGAGCCACCAUGUACAAGGACUGGGUCUCCCUGCUCAUCCUGGGGCCUCGGGAGCGGUCAGCCGUGGUGCCCCUCCCUCCUUGGAGCCCCGGGACCUGGGCCUUGCGUAUCCUGCCCACGCUGGGUGGCCAGCCUGGGACCCCAUCUCAGAGCCGGGUCUACCAGGCGGGUCCCAUCCUGGGCCCCGGGGCCAUCGCCGGCAUCGUCCUGGGCUCCCUCCUGGGCCUGGCGCUCGCGGCAGCGCUUCUCCUCCUGUGCGUCUGCUGCUUGUGCCGAUUCCGGGGAGGCUCCCCUAAAAAGAAGCCGCCGCCCCCUUCCUUGACCCCCGUGGUCUCCGCGCCAGAGAAGAAGCCGCGCGGUGUGACUCCAACCCAGACUCCACGGCCUCCGCCCCCCAAAGUCCCGCUGGAGGACCCUAGCCCGAAGGGGCCCCAGCCGGUCCCGGUCCCCAGUCCUGUCACCUCUCCAGGACGGGUCCCAAGGACGGUGCGGGCGGCCACGCAGGUGUGAGUAGGGCCUGUGGCCUGUGCAGCUCAGAACGUCCUGGGGCCGAACUUCCUGCUUUGCCCCCCGCAGCGGGCAAGGCCUUCCUGUCUGGUUGCCACUGAAGGGUGGACCCCAGACGAAUCUACCUGUGUUCAUGCGGUCAAGAGGAUGUGACUUGGGGGCUGGGGUGACUCCCGUGGACUCCUUGCACAGCCCCAGGCAGGCAGGGUGGGCAGGCCUGGCGGCGGGAAGGCAGGGCUGGCUGCCGUGCUCAGUUGGAGAGGGAGCCCGGCUGUGUUCUCAGAAAAGGUCUCUCUACUUUUUCCUCGCCUAGGAUGGGCUUCAUCCAGCUCCCAGAGUCUGCAUCUUAGAUCAGAUCAGAUCACGUCCCUCCUCUCUUUUAACCCUUCCAUGGCUGCCUCCUCUCCCAGACAUUCCCCCAUGCUACUCCAAGUAGCACACACUUUCUCUUAGUUCUGGGAAUGGGCCCCGUGUUAUUUUGCCUCCAGAACUUUGGCCCUGGAGUUCAUGCUGUCUUGAACCCUUCCUUUUACCCUGUGGGAUUUGUUUUUCAAGGCUAAGAGUACAAUUACCAUUUUCAGAGACCCUUCCUAAACUUUGCCCUUGAACAUGGGUUAGGUUCAGGAGUAGCUGAACCUCCUGCUUUUCAUCUGUCAUGGUAAUUACUUGCCUAGCUCUGAUAUUCUCUCUACCUGGAAGGUUUCAUGAAGGCGGAAACCAUGUCAUUUUCCCCACUACUCUCCACAAAGUCUGGCACAUAGCAGGCAAUCAGUAAAUAUUGGUUGAUUGAUCAAAUGUUUUGGUGCCAGUGCAGGUGGGCUUUCUUUUUCUUGGCUGGGUUUCUCAUUGGGAGUUUAGUGUGAUAAUGAGGAUGCCUUUGGCUGCAAGAAACAAAAUAUGUGGUGGCAAGAAAUAUGGAAGUCAGUGGUUUCAGGUUGGUUCAGCACCUCAGUUACCCCAUCAGCAACUUGAGGUCAUUGCAUCCUUUGCAUCCUUCUGCUCUGCCACCCUUAUUGGGUUGCUAGAUUGUCUGUAGGCUUGUUGCCCCCAUGCUAGUCGCAAGAUGGCUGCUGUAGCUCCAGGCAUCACAACUGUAUCCUAAGUCAAAAGGAAUGCAGCAUGACUGUCUUCCCACCUCCCUCCCUCCCUCCCUCCC